AUGCCUGGGGCCAGUCCAGCCGAGCGCAUCGUCCCGUUUGGCCUGGGAGGCUGGGACUGUCAGAGAGGCUCCAGGGAGCCAGGCCUGGCGCUGAGGAGCCGAUGGGUCCAGCGUGGAAACAGCUGCCGAGGCAGCGCCAGCCCCUGGCCCAGGAAAUUCCAGCAGGAGCCCGUGUGCGCGGCCGGGACAUGGCACUGCGGGCGCCUGAGCGGGGUUGUAGCCGAGCCCCUUCGGCACCAGUUUGGCUGCUGCCUGGGCCACUCAGCCGCCAGGAGGACGGUGCCGCUCUGUCCCCAGGGGCCCGCGGGGGGAUCGGGCACCUGGUCUGCCAGUCCGGCUUCAGGGAGUGUCUCCCCAGGUGCCCGCCCUGUGGGCUGGUGUCUGGGCCCAGUUGCUGUCCUGGCUGAGCCCCUGGUGCGGGGACCUGCAGUGCCCCAGCUGAGUCCGGAGAUGGACGUGUUUGGGGGGGCCCCCCGGUUCCUUGCGUACCCCCGCACUUUCACAGUGCAGAGUGGUGCUGAUGCCGUCCUGAAGUGCCAGAUCGCGGGCGACCCACGCCCCAGCAUCAUCUGGGAGAAGGACAAAUCCCCGAUCGCGCUGCUGGGCCGCUUCCAGGUGGAGGCCGAGGGGACCGUGUACAGCCUGUCGAUUUCCCAGGUGACCCCAGCGGACAGCGGGCAGUAUGUCUGCAAGGCCAAGAACGCCAUCGGGGAGACGUACGCUGCUGCCACACUCAAGGUGGAGGCGGAGGAGCUGCAGCAGGAGGGACACCCUGAGGAUGUGCCCCCCGUUUUUCUGAGCAAGCCUCUGUCCUGGCAGGUCUGCAGGGGGGAGGAUGUGAUGUUCACCUGCAGGGUCUUGGGGCAGCCUAGCCCUGUGCUGCAGUGGGAGAAGGAUGGGCGCCAGCUGUCGGAUCUCUUUGAGAGCAGCCAUUUCUCGGUGGGGAAGGAGCCGGAAGACUGGCAUUUCCUGAAGAUCUUCGGUGCCCGGCCCCCGGACGGAGGGGUCUAUGUGUGCAGGGCGCGGAACCGCUCAGGGGAGGCCCUGGCAGCAGCUGUGCUCCUGGUCGACCCCAUGGCUCGUGGGCUGCCAGAUGGCCCCUUCCUGGGCUCCCCCAGGAACUGCUGGCCCCUGAGCCAUUUCAGUAAGCAGCCGGAUCAGCACGGUGACAGGAGACACUGCCACGGGCAGCGCUCCGUGCCCUGGCCGGCCCGGCCCAAUGGCGAGGUGGCUCCCGGCGCACCCAAAGCCAAGGCGUUCGCUGUGAGCGAGGGGAAGCACGCCAAGUUCCGCUGCUACGUGACGGGCAAGCCGAAGCCCGAGAUUGUGUGGAAGAAGGACGGGAAGGUCGUUGCGCCAGACAGGAGGCACCUGGUCUAUGAGGACAGGGAAGGCUACUUCAUCCUGAAAGUGCUGUACUGCAAGGCCCGGGACCAGGGGCUGUACAUCUGCACCGCCUCCAACACGGCUGGCCAGACCCUGAGUGCCGUGCAGCUCCAUGUGAGAGAGCACCGGGUGCGGUUCCAGUUGCAGCUGGAGGAUGUGGAGGUGCAGGAGUGUGAGGACGCCGUGCUGGAGUGCAAGGUGCCCCUGGAGACCAUCCCCACGGCCUGGUACCUGGAGGACAAGCAGCUGCAGCCAAGCCACAAGUACGUGAUUGAGGAGCAGGGCCUGGUGCGACGCCUGACCAUCCGUGACGCCCGCGCUGACGACGACGGCAUCUACCUCUGCGAGAUGAAGGACAAAGGGCGCAGCAUUGCUGAGGUCUCAGUCAGAGGGGCAAUCGUGAAGCGGCUUCCGCGGAAGCUGGACGUCAUGGAGGGGGAGAAUGCUGCCUUCUGUGUGGAGACCCGGGACGCCGUGGAGGGAAUCCGCUGGAGCCGGAACGGGCUGGAGCUGCGGGAGACACCAUGCACUGUGCUGAAGAGCUUCGGCAAAACCCACCUGCUGGUCCUGGUGCAUGUGACGCGGGAGGACGCUGGGGUCAUCUCCUUCAGCGUGGGGGAGUCGCAGACGUCAGCCCAGCUUCGCAUCAAAUGUGCAAAGCGUGUUCCCCCGAGCGCGCCCGUGGCCGCCGAGAUGAGCACGGACCGCAGCAACGCUGCCCUCCUGACCUGGUGCCCCGGGCCUGAUGUGCACAGGACCCCCCCCAGCAGCUACGUCCUGGAGCGGCAGGAGGCCAGCACGGCCGAGUGGGUGCAGUGCCUUACCACGGACCUGGCCAGCAUGGUGGAGGUGCUUGGGGAUAGCGUGCCCGCCGAGGCAGACUACUGCUUCCGCAUCUGUGCCGUGAACAAGUACGGGAGGAGCAGGCCCGUGGAAUUCCCUGGCUCUGUGCACCUUGUCCCUGUAGCCUGCAUGCGGAGAGCCCUGAAGGACGUGCAGGUGCAGGCGGGCCAGGAUGCCCAGUUCUCCCUGGAGCUCUCGGCCUCCGUGGCGGGGAGCUGGUUCCUGAACGGGGCGAAGCUGGAGGAGGGAGAGGAAGGCCAGCGCUACUGCAUAAAGCGCAGCGGGACCGAGCACUCCCUGCUGCUCCGUGGUGUGCGGCUGGCGGAGAGCGGGGCCGAGGUCAAGUUUGAGUCCAGUGGCGUGCGGGACUCCGCCACUCUGCGGGUGCAAGCCCCGCAGGUGCGCAUCGCCCCAGUGCCCGAGGCCCAGCGCCGCCGGGAGCUCCUGGCAGGGCUGCCCCUGCUCCUGGAGUGCGAGGUCUGCACGCCCGACGCCCCUGUGCGCUGGCUCAAGGACGGGGAGGCUGUGCCCCUGGACGACGUCGUCGCCCUGCAGGCAGAGGGCUGCGCCAGGAGGCUGUUUAUCCGCUCUGCCCGCCCCUCAGACUCCGGGACGUACACGUGUGACGCGGGCGAGGAUGCGCUGAGCUUCACGGUGACCGUGACCGAGCCGCCCGUGAGGAUCGUCAGCUCUAACGAGGACGCCGCGCACACCUACCUGGCCUUGGAGCGCGUGGUGCUGGCGUGCGAGCUGUCCCGUGCCGACGGCCCGGUGCAGUGGUACAAGGACGGGGUGGAGGUGGAGGAGGGCGAGCACCUGCUCCUGGAGUGCGAGGGGCCCCAUCGCAGGCUCGUCAUCCCCUCGGCCCGGCCGCAGGACACGGGGGAGUUUGUGUGCGACGCGGGCGGCGACUCCGUCUUCUACAACAUCUCGGUGACAGAGCCGCUCGUGAGGAUUGUCAGCUCUAACGAGGACGCCGCGCACACCUACCUGGCCUCGGAGCGCGUGGUGCUGGCGUGCGAGCUGUCCCAUGCCAAUGGCCCGGUGCAGUGGUACAAGGACGGGGUGGAGGUGGAGGAGGGCGAGCACCUGCUCCUAGAGUGCGAGGGGCCCCAUCACAGGCUCGUCAUCCCCUCGGCCCGGCCGCAGGACACGGGGGAGUUUGUGUGCGACGCGGGCGGCGACUCUGUCUUCUACAACAUCACAGUGACAGAGCCGCCCGUGAGGAUCGUCAGCUCUAACGAGGACGCCGCCCACACCUACCUGGCCUCGGAGCGCGUGGUGCUGGCGUGCGAGCUGUCCCGUGCCGACGGCCCGGUGCAGUGGUACAAGGAUGGGGUGGAGGUGGAGGAGGGUGAGCACCUGCUCCUGGAGUGCGAGGGGCCCCAUCGCAGGCUCGUCAUCCCCUCGGCCCGGCCGCAGGACACGGGGGAGUUUGUGUGCGACGCGGGUGGUGACUCCGUCUUCUACAACAUCUCGGUGACAGUGCCAGCAGCCCCCGUCAUGGCCCAGGCCCCCCUCGGCUCGGUGUGGUACAAACACAGGUCACAGGCAGUGCCUCCCAAAGGGGCUCACAGGUCGAGUAGGAGCCAGGAGAUGGAUGGACGGACGGGGAGCACAUGGAAGCAUGGGCAGCAUGAUGGGCAGUGGCCGUUGCUCACCAGACGCCUAGCCAUCGGCAUGUUGUUCGCAGGCAUCCCGGCAAAGGAGAGUCUGGAGAGGGUGGAUAAUGAGGUGCGCAUCGCCCCGGUGCCCGAGGCCCAGCGCCGCCGGGAGCUCCUGGCAGGGCUGCCCCUGCUCCUGGAGUGCGAGGUCUCCACGCCCGACGCCCCUGUGCGCUGGCUCAAGGACGGGGAGGCUGUGCCCUCGGACGACGUCGUCGCCCUGCAGGCAGAGGGCUGCGCCAGGAGGCUGUUUAUCCGCUCUGCCCGCCCCUCAGACUCCGGGACGUACACGUGUGACACGGGCGAGGAUGCGCUGAGCUUCACGGUGACCGUGACCGAGCCGCCCGUGAGGAUCGUCAGCUCUAACGAGGACGCCGCGCACACCUACCUGGCCUCGGAACGCGUGGUGCUGGCUUGCGAGCUGUCCUGUGCUGACGGCCCGGUGCAGUGGUACAAGGACGGGGUGGAGGUGGAGGAGGGCGAGCACCUGCUCCUGGAGUGCGAGGGGCCCCAUCACAGGCUCGUCAUCCCCUCGGCCCGGCCCCAGGACACGGGGGAGUUUGUGUGCGACGCGGGCAGCGACUCCGUCUUCUACAACAUCACAGUGACAGAGCCCCCAGUGAGGAUCCUGCGCCCCCAGGAGCGCUCCCUGGAGCUGCAGGCUCUGGCGCUGCAGCGCCUGGAGCUGAGGUGUGAGCUGUCUAGAGCAGAUGCCCAGGUGUGCUGGUUCAAGGACGGGCUGGAGGUGGAUGAGACAGAGAACCUGCUGGUGCGGGCAGAGGGGGCCCAGCGCUGGCUGAUUGUCCCGCAGGCCCGGGCCGAGGAUGCUGGCGAGUACAUCUGUGAGACAAGGGACGAGUCCGUCUCCUUUGAUGUCAGGGUGUCAGAGCCCCCGGUGAAGAUCCUGCAGCCGCGGCGAGCUCCCCCCACCCUGAAGGCCGUCAUGGGGGAGACGGUGACUCUGGCCUGCGAGCUCUCGCGCGGGAAUGUGCCGGUGCAGUGGGUUAAGGAUGGCACCAGGCUGGAGGCUGGCGGCAGCCUGAUCCUGGAGGAGGAGGGUGCCCAUCGGCGGCUGGUCAUCCCUGCGGCUGGAGUGGAGCAUUCUGGGAAGUACGUCUGCGAUGCGGCUGAUGACACCAGGAUGUUUACUGUCCAAGUGUGUGACCCUCCUGUGACGAUCCUGGGGCGGGGUGAGCUGCAGACCCACCGCCACUGCCUGGCCGCGGAGGACCUGGUGCUGGAGGUGACGCUCUCCCAUGCCCACGGAGAGGUGAAGUGGUACAAGGAUGGUGAGAAGUUGCAGGACACGGGGCGCGUGCGUCUGGAGGAAGAUGGGGCGCGGCGCGCACUGGUCAUUCUGGGCAUGGAGAGCAAGGACGCGGGGGAGUAUCUGUGUGACAGCCAUGACGACAGCCUCAUCUUCUGUGUCGCCGUGGAAGUGCCCAGGGUGGUGGAGAUCAUCUCAGAGCUGCACAACUUGACGGUGCUGGAGGGGGACGACGCCACCUUCAAGUGCCUGGUGUCCCCGGAUGACGUGGCCCUGACGUGGCAGCUGAACGGCCAGGCUGUCACCGCCUGCGAGCGGCUGGUGGUGACCAGGAACGGGCUGUGCCACGCCCUGACUGUCCGGCAGUGCCAGCUGGGAGAUGCAGGCACCGUGACAGCCCGCGCUGAGGGCCUGGUGAGCACAGCCCGGCUGAGCGUGCAAGAGGCCCAGGUGCUGUUUGUGCGGAAGCUGCAGGAUGUGGUGGCCGAGGAGCUGCAGGACGCGCUGCUGGAGGUGGAGCUGAGCUGCGAGGCGGGCGAGGUGCAGUGGCUGAAGCAGGGGGUGCUCGUCCAGCCGGGCAGCAAGUACCAGUUUCAGGAGGCCGGGCGCAGACGGGGCCUGACCAUUCGCAGCCUCAGCCCCUCGGACCGCGGCACCUACCGCUGCGAGAGCCUCCACGACCGGACGCAGGCCAAGCUGAGCGUGGCGCCCCGAAAGGUGUCUGUGCGGAAGCCACUGUCGGACGUGGAGACCUUUGAGAAGGAGACGGCCACGUUCCAGCUGGAGCUGUCCCAUGCUGACGUGCCCGGGGUGUGGACGCGGGACGGCAUCCGGGUGAAGCCCAGCCGGACCUGCCGGGUCAGCGCCACAGGCUGCGUGCACAGCCUGACGCUGCUGGGGCUCACGCUGGAGGAUUCGGGCACCGUCACCUUCACCUCCGACACCCUGCGUUCCAGCGCCCGCCUGACCGUCAGAGAGCCGCCAGUUGCCAUGGUGAAGGCCCCCCGGGACGUGGGUGUCCCUGAGACUGGGGCUGCCAGCUUCGAGUGCGAGCUAUCCCGCCCCAUUGCGGAGGUGAAGUGGUACAAGGAUGGGACGGCGCUCCAAGCGGGGACCAAGUGCCGCAUCUACUCAGUGGGCCGGCGGCGCCUGCUGCAGCUCAGCCACUGUAGCCUGGACGACGCAGGGGAGUACACGUGUGACGCAGGGGACUGCCGGGCCUCCGCCACGCUGCGGGUCUACGAGCGCCAGGUGCAGAUUGUGCAGGAGCUGGCGGACGUGCGUGUGCGUGAGAACGAGAACGCCGUCUUCACCUGCCAGGUCUCGCACGAGGACGUGAAGGGCGAGUGGUUCAGGAGUGGCGAGAAAAUCAAAGUCACCAGCACUGUGAAAAUUCGGCAAGAGGGCCCCAAGCACUUCCUGCUCAUCUGCAACGUGCGCCCGGAGGACGCGGGAUGCAUCCGGUUCGUUGCCAAGGCAGCUGCCUCCGAAGCCAGCCUGCAGGUGGAGGCACUCCCGAUCCGGAUCAUAAAGCCGCUGCGGGACAAGACGGCGCUGGCGCGGCACAAGGCCACGCUGGAGUGCACCGUGUCGCAGGCACGCGGCCGCGUGCGCUGGUUCCGCGGAGACACCGAGAUCUUCGCCAGCGACAAGUAUGAGAUCUGCAACCUCGACUGCUAUCGCACCCUCAUCAUCCACGGGGUGGGGCCGGAGGACGAGGCCUCCUACACCUGCGACGCCUUUGACGACCGCUCCACCGCCCGCCUGCUGGUGGAGGGUGAGGCGCAGGGCGUGCUGGGGACUGGCCCUGGUGGGGGGGGGGUGGCACCGUUCGUGGGGCUGGGUACCACUGGGCGCUGCGUGGGCCAGGCUGGGCGCAGGCUCCAGGGGCUGCGGGGGCUGCAGAACGUGGCGGUGGUGGCCCCUGCUGAGGCCCGGCUUGAGUGCGAGGUGUCUGCCCCCCUGAACGGGGAGGUGCUGGGGGCUGGCACACUUGUGGGUGGAGAGCGUGGGCCAGGUGCACGGGCUGGCGCUGUGCCGGACCUCACCCAGCACGAGUGGGGUGCUGCAGGUCUCCGUUGGCAGUGCCUGCGCCAAGGCCCAGCUCCCCGGGCGAGGGCAUUAGGUGCUGGCAUCGGACGAGCCCGAACAGAUGGGUCCUGGCUGGCCACAGCGGGGACUGCCCAUUAA